AUGUGCAGCCGUUGGGUUGUGUUAGUCUUCUGCUGCUUGGGACAGCUGCGUGCAGAUCAAAGCCUGAAGCCUCGGACUGCAGCCCCUCAGCUUGUCACAAACAAUCCCACUCUCAGUACAGUUGCUCUGGAAAAACCUUUCUGUAUGUUUGACAGCUCACUGUCUCUAAAUAAAUCUUAUGUCAUCUACUUGUAUGCAAUGAAGGAAUCGGCAAGUGCAGUAAGCUCCCUGGUGACCAACAAGAGCAAACCACUGGACAGCACCUUCCAACAAACAAGCGGGGGACAGCUUGGACCUUACAAGGCUGCGUUGUUCAACGUACCCAGCUGUGCUUCACCUCCCAAGCUCACUGAUGUCAGAGAUGCCAACAAAGUUUCCGAUGUCCUGGCACGAUACCUCUUCAGAGUCGGCAAUGACGGGACGUGUUUGUAUGACCCCAACUUCCUGGCUGUCUGUAACCCACCUCUUGCACCAGACACAACAUACAGGUUUAAAUACGUGUUGGUAGAUAGCACCGAAGGUACCCUGAAAGACCAAACUCUCUGGUCUGAUCCAGUCAAAACCAGAAGAGGGCAUCAGAAGAUUCUUCUGCAGAGACAAGGUGUGUGUCUCAGACUAUUCAACACGGUGAACCGAGACCACAGUUAG